GAUCCUCAGGUCUAUUACAACCUACGUACACGCUAAACGCGGAAGCCCUCGAAUUCCGCGACCGGAAGCAUACUACAAUGAUGCUCUUGCUGUUGAUCACACUUGCGGCUGCUGCUUUGAAGGGCGUCUUUUUCUUCUCAUACCACUCUACUGACCUUGAGGUUCAUCGUAACUGGAUAGCAUUAACCCAUUCAUUGCCGGCCUCGGAGUGGUACUUUGAGGUAAUUUUCAUUCUUUCUCGAUUAUACAGUCUACCUCGAAAUGGACACUAGAUUACCCACCGUUUUUCGCUUGGUUUCAAUGGGUUCUUUCCCAUGUUGCUGCUAUCGUUGAUCCCGAAAUGGUUACUAUAACGGCACUCCCAUACUCUUCCUUGCGCACCAUCGCUUUUAUGCGGUCUACUGUAUUGGUCUCAGAAACUAUGCUAUUCUUUUCUCUUUGGAGGCUAUGGGGUGCCUUCGCAAGACUUUGUGGCAACUGCAUAUCGAAACGCCGUCUGCCUCUCACCUUUGUUCUUUUUGCCUUCAACUUCGGAUUAGUGCUUGUGGAUCAUAUUCACUUUCAGUAUAAUGGCUUUUUGUUUGGCAUCUUGUUUUUGUCUGGAUCGCUACUUAUUGAGGAACAAUUUAUUCUUGCCGCCUUUGGAUUCACUAUGCUUCUGAACAUGAAGCAUAUUUUCAUAUAUGUUGUUCCGGCUUAUUUUAUCUACUUUUUGUUUAACUAUGUCUUCGCUUCUGCUGGACGUCGCUUUUCUGGAGUUCUUAUCAAGCUGCUCGCAUUGGGCUUGACAGUCUUUUCGGUUAUGGCUCUUUCACUUGGGCCGUACUAUUCAAAGAGUCAUUUGAACCAACUAUACCUUCGAUUGUUCCCUUUUGGCCGCGGUCUGACACAUACUUACUGGGCCCCAAAUGUAUGGGCUGUGUAUAACUUUGCAGAGAAAGUUUUGUGCUCCAUAAACAAUUAUUUUCACUUAUGGCCUUCCAUAAACACCAUUACCGGCUCCCUAACAUCUGGGUUAUUGGGCGAAAACAAAUAUGUGAUACUUCCCACGGUGACGCCACUUCACACUGCCAUUCUAUCUCUGGUUGCGAUGUUGCCAAACCUAUUCCAAUGUGCAAGGCGGAGCCUGACUUUCGACACGGUGUACGCCCCAUUUUUGGGCGCGGAGUACUUGAAAGUGACUAUUGGCGCCGCUUGGGCCUGCUUCUUAUUUGGUUGGCACGUGCAUGAGAAGGCGGUUCUGAUGUUCUUAUUACCUCUCAAUUUGCUGGCUAUCGUGGACCCUAGAUUCUCUGCGGUGGCGUUCUAUGCCACCACAUUGGGGCACUACAGCUUAAUUCCCCUAAUCCCCACUCGAGCAGAAACACCUGCUGUCCUCUCUAUGUUCCUCGCCUAUACCUCUGUUCAUUGGCUCGCUCUGUUCCGAAUCCCACCUACCGGUGACAGCUCUACCCCAAUGAAGACAAAACCCGGAAGCAAAGCACAUGGCUUCAUCGGCACUAUCGCUCACUUGCAUUUGUGGGGACUUGUUCCUUUGUACAUAUGCUGUUUCAUUGUCUGGCCUCUUUCGACUUUGCAUCAGCGGCUACCCUUCUUCCCAAAUAUGGCCACCUCCGUCUAUACUGCUGUUGGAUUGGUAUUCGCUUUUUGUUACUUUGUAUUUCAAUGCUUCGAUUGCAUCCGCAGUCAGAGUGUGCAAACUGUCGCCGGCACAAAGAAGCCCAACCAAAAGCGUAAACAAAAUGAAAAGAAAAUCAAGGUGCAAUAGGCUCCAUCUCCUCUUCUUGUUCAUUUCGUGUCAAUCUCUUUUGUGUUGUCUGUGGUGUUUUGAUAUUCACUUGCCUUGAUUAUUGAUCUGCACUCAGUCGUUGCGCUUGCUGUAUUGACAUGGUGGAAUAGGCGAACUGCUAUUGAGCAUGUCCCGGAACUCUUCCCGCUAUUUGUGAUCACAAAUCUGGUUUUUAUACACCAUUGGACAUUAAAUCUUUUGGAUGACGCUUUGCCUUCCACCUAACAAUUUCCUCAGGUUUGCGGAAUCAGGUGUAUUAUGUGCAUAUAUUAAGUUGGUAAACUUGUUUAUCG